AUGGCUCAUAUUGCAUAUCAGAGAUUGCCAAGCAUCCCGAAUUAUACAGACAAGGACAACGACAUGUUGAAUGACAUCGUCUUCAAUUUCUUUGAGAUUAGACAUUCACCACUCAAUCUUCGCAAUUUUUGGUUCUGGAACAAGUUGAACAAUCUAUUCAAUCCACCGAUCUCGGAUUCAAUAGAAGAAGAAUAUGAUCAGAUAAGAGAUGUUGCUGAAGUUUUCCGUAUAAAGUAUGAGGGUGCUUUUGACAGCUUAUAUAGUGGGCUGUCAGAAGGUGAUCUGAGUUAUGUGAAAGAUAACUUCAUGCCAUCAGACCCCAACCAAGACCUUCAAGAGCUCAAGAGAAUGUUAGAGAGAAUGGACGCAAGAUCAAUAACAACAUAUUUCUUUCCGAAGGGAAAUUCCACGAAUAACUCACCAUCCUCAAAAUCCAGCAGCAUCAGAGAUAGGCAGCCCACACCCCUUAAUAACUCUAAGUGUUCUAACGCAUUGAGGCACAUCGACAACAAAUCCUUGCAGCAAUUGUUGCAGAGCAUAUGCCCAUAUCUCACAAACGAGUCUCAACCAAUCAAUGAUACAAUAACUAAGAUGUUCAACAGGAAGGUUUUCUAUUCGAAUACCAUAAACAUUCGUGACCCUGAUAUGAACGAGCUUGAAUACAUGGAGGGAUUAUUCAGAAGAAAUCCAGAAGAUAUAUACUUUGAUAUUGCACGUGUAAGACACAACACCUCUGUUGACGCUGGUGGGCUCACUCGGCAGUUCCUUACAUCAUUAUCCAAACAAUUCGUGGCCAAGUAUCUCAAGAGGUUGUCCAAUAGAAAUAACAUAUACAUCUUCAAGAGGGACCUUGCUGAUGAUGAUUACAAAUUUGUUGGUGCCAUUCUUAUUUUCCUCCUGCGCAACAAUAAUGGCAUAAAUAUAAGGCUCUCUCUCAUGGAUGUAGCGGGCCUUAUAUACAAGCCUAUCAAGCCCAGAACAAGGCACAACAUGGAUGGCUAUCUUGAGGAUUACAAUGAUAUAGAGAGAUACAUAAAACACUUCGAGCUCUCUAACAGCUCGGAAUCGUGGAUGAAAGACCACAAGAAGACAACGCUGUCGUACCACGACAUCCUAAUGUUCUACCUGCUGGAGUUCGGCAUCAACAAGGACAUAAAGAGGCUCAUUGAUAGAGAGAGGACUAGCAUCAAGAAGAUAGUGGAUGAGAGCAUGAUAGAUAUCUAUGAGUAUGACCCCUACACAAAGCAGAGCAACAUCAACAAGAUGUACAAGAACAUAUUGUGUGGUAUGAGGAUAUCAAAACGCAACUUUUUUAUUGAAAAGCAAAUUGGUAUAAGCGGUCUCGCAAGAGUUCUGGCCCGUGUUGAGAGCGUGAAGAGGAAUGUGAAAAGCAUCUUGAUACCCAAGAUAGUGUAUUAUGACCAUAAGAAUGUAGUUAUGGUCUCACCUGGUAUAAAGGAGCUAUUCGACAGGGUGUUAUCUAUGCCCAAUCGUGUAUACAAGAGGCUGCUUGCACAAUGGAUCAGGUUAGACAAUGAUCCAGCAAAGACAAAGCUUCUAGAAGGAUUGCCACAGCACGAGGACUUUGUUAAGGCCAUCCUUGAGUUCUGGACCGGUUCAGGCUAUAUCCUUAUUGACCAGUUGUCUGAAUAUUCAGUCAGGGCAAUGAACAACAGUGGCCAUAUCCCGGUUGCACACACUUGUGGCCAGGUAAUGGAAUUAUCAGAGCAUUACAAGGAUGUUGAUGAGAUCGUAUUCAAGUUCUUAGAUGCUAUAUUGAUCAUGGAGAUCAGCAAGUUUCAAUUUGUAUAA